GAGAAAGAGGGAGGGAGGGAAAGAGAGAAAGAGAGAAAGAGAGAGAGAGAGAGAGCGGCGUCGCCGUCGGCGUCUUCGGGAAUCGGUUGCCUCCUUUCAUCGGGGCAACGGCGACGUCCGAUCCGGCAUCGUUCUUUUAACGUCGCGGCGGUGCACGUGGCGCGCGCGGCACGCGGUGCUUCGAGAGAAAAACAGAUAGAUAGGUAGACAGUUAGGUGAAUAGAUAAUAAGCGCAUGCUCUAAAAAAGUAUCGAAAAACGCGAGAGGAAGACGAAAAGGGGAGAAAGAGAGCGAGCGAGAGAGAGAGAGAGAGAGAGAGAGAGAGAGAAACAUACAGAGUGGUUACAGAGGGAGAAGAAAGGCGGAAAAGGGGUAGAGGUGACAGAGAUUGAAAGGGGGCGGGCGGGAGGAAAGAGGGUAGAGGCGGAAAGAAACGGAGAACACGAAGAGCUGCGUCCCGACGGAUAGAGGAAAUCACCAAAGGAAGCCAGAAGGAGCCUCGUGUCUUUCUUCGGUUUUUUUUUUCUAUCAAUCCUAUCACGUAAAGAAGGACGGAGGAUCCGACGACCACGAGUGACUCGACGAGGAGGAAGCGGGACAUGCUGGAACCACGCUGGAGACCCGUCCAGGGACACAUUGGUGAAAAUCCGUUUGAUAACGGUUCGUGGGGAAAGGAGCAUUUUCAGCCAUCGACAGUUCCCUGGCAGCUGAAUCCGCGCAGUCACGGUCGUCCCAGUGACGAUGGCAUAAUGGAUCAUGAUACAGACGGAGACGGCGCGAUCAACUUGUCAACGUCACAGCGACCCUCCGCCGCCACCACCCCUAAUGGUGAUACUCCCACUUACGGCCAAGAUCAUCAAGACAACGAUCAGGCUACUUCGCUGUUUGCAGCCCUGAAGCAGCAGCAACAGCAAUCGCGCGACAGCGUCUUCUCGUCGCGGGACCGCGAGUGCCGCGACAGGGAUCGCCUUCCUACGGUCCGCAAUCGCGACUCCGGCAGAAGCAAUAUAGCGGAGACCGGCGGCGGCAGCGGUGUUGCUGAUCAACAGCAGCAACAGCAGCAGCAGGAUCUCACUAUCGAGUACCAAAGCAAUGGGAAGCUCAGUCCCGCCGGACACGUAGUGACACCAGCACCCAUGACCCAGCAAAAGCAGCCAAUCAUCACGCAGCAGUCGCAACAGCCCAGCUCAGGGGCACCAGGGCCCCAACCUAGCCCGCAUCAAAGCCCGCAAGCCCCACAGAGGGGUUCACCACCGAAUCCUUCCCAGGGUCCGCCACCCGGUGGCCCGCCAGGGGCUCCGCCGUCGCAGACCCCCUCGCAGAUGAUGCUCAGCUCGGCGAGCGGCCUCCAUCAGAUGCAACAACUGCUGCAGCAACACAUACUCAGCCCCACGCAACUGCAAUCCUUUAUGCAGCAGCACACGUUGUACAUGCAGCAACAGCAACAGCAACACCAUCAGGAUUCAUCUUCCGAUCAUGCAUCUAAUCAGGAGCGGUUUGGUUACUUCUCUUCUUUAAAGAACCAUCAGCAUCAACUCGCGGAACUCAACAAGAAACAAUUAGAACAGGCAAUGCAACAACUACAGGAACAAUUGCAGCUGAACUUAUUUCAACAGACACAUUUAUUGCAAACGGCGGACAAAAAGAAAGCAUCGGCGCCUCUUCAGCAAUUAGCGAUUCAACAACAGCAACUGAUACAGCAACUACAGAUUACACAAAGGCAGUAUCUGUUGCAGCAAGGAUUGAGUCUUCAAGGCCAUAAUCCUUCUUCAGCAGGUUUACCACCAGGUGAUAAUCUACCAUCAUGGAAGUCAGAGCCCUCGGAUACACCGGAAUCCCACCAGAAUUCCAACGUGGCGAAAUCGAAUUCUGGAUUGAACGGCAUUCUGAAUUCGAUAGCUUCGAGCCGACGGUCCGAGGUGAAUGGUACAACACCGAUGGACGAGAAGCCGCUGGAUGCCUCCUGCAAUGACAAGGUUCAUCCCCUCUAUGGCCAUGGGGUGUGCAAGUGGCCAGGCUGUGAAGUAAUUUGUGAAGACUAUCAAGCAUUCCUUAAACACUUAAAUACAGAGCACACAUUGGAUGACCGAUCGACAGCGCAAGCCAGGGUCCAGAUGCAAGUAGUGUCGCAGUUAGAAAUUCAGUUGCAAAAAGAACGAGACCGACUAGGCGCUAUGAUGCAUCAUUUGCACAUGGCAAAACAAAUGGCUUCCCCGGAACCGCCAAAGUCAUCGGAGUCAUCGACGGGCUCGAAUUUACCAAAGCUAAAUUUUUCCACUGCGCUAAUGAGUCAACCGCCACCUAACUUUGGAGUCUCUCAGGUGUCACCAGUAUCCAUGUCCGCGCUGGUAUCUGCCGUGAGGUCGCCCGCGAGUGCUCAGCUGCCUCCGUCGGUUGGCAGUGCCCCGAUGCCGCCACUUCCGACCAUACCCAAUAUGUCCAGUUUACCUCCCAUGCCUAACAUGCCUGGCAGCAUGCCGAGUAUGGCUGGUCCAAUCAGACGGCGCAUCAGCGACAAGUCAGCGCUUUCUUUGGCAGGAGGACUGUAUGACGAGGGCACUGUAAGGCGCAGAGUAGCCGUCGAUAGAUCUGGAAUAGAUAUUAACGAAGAAAUUCAGCGAAAUAGGGAAUUCUACAAGAAUGCAGACGUCAGACCACCGUUCACGUAUGCAUCCUUAAUUCGGCAGUCUAUCAUCGAAUCUCCCGAGAAGCAGCUGACACUCAACGAAAUUUACAACUGGUUCCAAAACACAUUCUGCUACUUCCGGCGCAACGCAGCAACGUGGAAGAACGCGAUCCGCACCAAUCUAUCAUUGCACAAGUGUUUUGUGCGCUAUGAGGACGACUUCGGGUCAUUCUGGAUGGUGGACGACGCCGAGUUCGUAAAGCGGCGGCAUCUGUCCCGCGGCCGCCCCAGGAAAUAUGACCCAACCCCAUCACCCACUCCACCCCACCUCUCCGCACAGGGUGUACCGUCGAAGAGCCCAACGCUGACGCAUAGUCCUACUAUGUACGGUGACGCGCUUAAUGCCAACCUGCAGUAUUUCCAGGCACUCGGGGAGUCUAACAUGGGAUUUUUGAAUCCGAUGUGCACGUCAACAGCGACAAGUCCUGAUAAGGAACAUGUGUUACCUCAUAAUGACUUGAUGUCGCCGCUGGAUGAACCGGCCGUGCACAUAAAGCAGGAGAGCCAGAGUCCGGAAGGAGGGAAGCACCCGAGAUUAAUAAAGCGCGAACUACCGGACGGCCCCAUGGAGCAAGAGACGGAGGAGGAUCAGACGGACGAAAGAGAAUACUCUGAGAGCCACGGCCACGAUUCCGGCCAGGACGAGGAUAUAGCGGAGGACCUGUCGAUGGCGCCCGACAUAAUGAUCCCGGAGGAUCAAGUCGAGGCGUAGUAUCGCCCCGUCAUAAUGAACCGAUAAAAAGAAACGAGAUGUAUACAAGAUGUGUCCCGUUCGUUCGGCCACGCGAAGAGAGGAGCGAACCCCCCCUUCUACGUUGACCAGGGUAGAGUAGAGAACGAACGUAAAAGAGCGGAAGAGAGAACGGGGUGCGAGUAACAGAAACAAAGAUUCUCAAGAGGACGACGAAGGCCCUCCACAGGACCACCCACCUCCUCCACACUCCUCCUUCGUACGAGUCCCCCCUCAACGUAUCAUAUCUGAUGCCGCGACGUUUUAAAAAGGCGGCUUUAAAGUAACAAAAAAAGGAGCCAGUCGAAUUUGUGAAAAAAAAGGACACUGUCGGUUAAACGACGACGGUGGCGAGUACCACCGGUCGAUGAUGUCAGCGUGGACAUCUGAUGCUGAUAGCGUCGUAAUCUCGGCGAUAUUCGGGAGCGAUCCUUCGAUCCAUAUCCUUACUCAAGCAAUUGCGAACAACGAUGUAUUUUAUUUUUCUUUCGAUCUUUUUUCUGUUUCGCGGUUAUAUCUAAUAGACACGUAUAUAUAAAUAUAUACAUAUAUCUUUCUCUCUCUUUCCUCUCUCUUCUCUCUCUCUCUCCCUCUUUCUCUCUCAUGUACAUUGAAUUAGAAAUUAAUGUAGCGACGAUAGGGCACCGUGCAUGGCGCGCCAUGCGGUCGGCGCGUCUUACCGGGCGCCCCGGAAACACGACAGGAAGUACCCUUCACCGGAGGAACCGAUGCAGCUUCGCGAUUAUGCAUUUCGUGCUAUAGAAACAAAACAUGACAAUGGCGACUCUAGCAAAUUUUUAAACCUUCCGUUGUACCCAAGUGAUAGUAACAUAAUUUUAU